GGUGGAAAACUUGUGAAGUUUAUGAAAGCGUGAAAGAUAGCCCUGCCCGACAGGAACACACGUUGGUAAAGAAGUCUCAUCCACCUCCAGUUGCCCCAAGACCGGCUCUUAAACCCAAACCUAAUAUGAUGGUUAGGGUAGCUGCUCCGCCAACUGACAGUGAAAGUGACCAUUCUUCCCUGGAAAGAAACAAAAAAGGCAAUGAUGUGUAUGCUAUGGUUUCGAAAAAAGAACACAAAAAGAAAAGUAAGAGAGGGGCUCCUGAAAAGAGUUCAUCAUCCUCCUUGUCGGAUCCAUCAAUACCGCCACCAUUGCCUGAAAUCACAAGCAAGAGAUUGGAAAGUAAUGAAACGAGUAGUGACAGCGAUGGAAAGGCUGAACUAGCUACCACCAAAAAGCCUAAGAGACGAAGUCUACGUCGUAGUCAAAAACAGAUAGUUGAGAGUGGAACACCAUCAGAUGAACAACUGCCUGGUAUGUAUGAUGACUACCCAGCCCGUGUACGAGUGUUACCACCAUCAGCGCAUGAAGACAUUGAAAAUGAGGAUGUAACAAGAGAUGAAGAUGAUGAAUUUGAAGCUUUGGCUGUGACUGCCUGGCGAUGCAUUGCUUUGGCUGUGACUGCCUGGCGAUGCAUUGCUCUGGCUGUGACUGCCUGGGGAUGCAUUGCUUUGGCUGUGACUGCCUGGCGAUGCAUUGCUUUGGCUGUGACUGCCUGGCGAUGCAUUGCUUUGGCUGUGACUGCCUGGCGAUGCAUUGCUUUGGCUGUGACUGCCUGGCGAUGCAUUGCUUUGCUGUGA